CACACCAGCAACACACAAAACGAACUUAGUGAAGUCCCGAAGGACCUCACUCACUCGCUGGACCGAUGGAUUUUAAAGUGUUUGGGGACGAAUCCACCGAGGGAGACGCUGUGGAUCUGGACAGCGUAAAGGCACUAACAGAGAAGCUGAAGUUACAGACGCGCAGACCAUCCUAUCUGGAGUGGCAGGAGCGGGUACAGAGUGGACCGUGGAAGGAAGGCUGCUCUGAAACAGGCAGUCCGGGCUCUGGAGAACCAGUCGUUUCCAUGCCUGCAAUUAUGAGAAAUGAGAACUCCGAACUGGUUGUGCGCAAUAUCUGUGGUUUUGAUACUAUUGAUGAUGCUUUGGAGUUUCUGCGAAAAGAGCUGAGGGAAAUGCAGGUUCAGGACAACCGCCUGGCCCGCCAGCUGAUCCGCCUGCGUGGAGAGAUCCACCGGCUCAAAGUGGAGCAGGUGUGUGACCGUCACAAGGAGAUGCUGGACGAUGCAACAUUUGAGCUGGAGGAGUGUGGCGAGGAUUCUGAUUUCCUGUGUGACAUCCCCAUGAAGGCUGCCUUCACUCUGUCCACCCCUCUAAAACACCUGGGCCUCACCAAGAUGAACCUCAACUCCAGACGGUUCUCACUGUGUUAAAAUCACAACUCUUCAUUAAUGCUACUGAGAGCGCUCCUGUUGCCUCUCUUGUGCUUGUGUAGGCUAUUAUUAGGAUUAUUUCCUCAUCUGAACAUGUACUGGGGACAGAAUGAUGAGUGACUACCAGCUACCUGUGCCAUGAAAAUGACUCCUUUGAUGUGCACCUCUCCUUGACAUGCAUGAGGAAGCUCUCAGUUGACGCCCUUAAUACUAACACACUGGACUGAGCCUGGGCUGCUCUACCAUUCACUUUUCUUUGCACAGUGCAUUGUGAACCAUGGUAGAUAAAUGAAGGCUGAAAUGUAAAAUGAAUGUGGGAUGGGUAUUGUGUUAAAUAUCAUGAUUGUUUAGUGUUGUAAAAGCAAACUUUCACAUUUUUCCAAAGAAGUGCAAGACAAUAAGAGGAACAGUAGGACUGUGUGGUUGGAAGCUUGUCACUGAAAUACUCACUUCAGGACAAUCAUUGGAAGCUUUGUACAGCCAGACGAUAUUCAGACAGGUAGACAGGUAGACAAGUCACUUUACUUGAGAUUACUGGUGACAUAUUUUCUGCAUUUGAUUGAAAUAAGAAGGUAAGGCAAGGCAGGUUUUUUCCUGUAUAGCACACCUUCAUACACAAAGGCAAGUCAAACAGCUUAAUGCAAUGUACACAGAUAGAUAAAACAUUUAAAUGCAUAUAUAGAUAAAAACACAAUGCUAAUUAGAUUAAAACAAUACAUGCAAAUUAAAAGCAACAAUUCCAGUUAGCAAUAAAGACUGUGUCUGGUCUAGUCUGGUCAGAUCGGAUAAAGAAAACAUUCACACCUAAGACAAAAUAGAGUCCUUAAAUAAACUCCUACUGUACAGUAUAUACACAUAGGCAUUCAUCAGGGUUCUGUCCCUGCCAGUGUCCUCACAGGAAACAGGCUGCCAUUGUCUGGCAUUUUUUACACUUCUUCUUUGCAAACCAAAAAUAUCUAUAUGUGCCCCGGUGCACUGACAGGACUCACAACACGGUGACUGAUGCAUUUUGUUUUCCAUGACCAUGUCCAGAUGCCACAGUGCACAGCCUUUAAGCUAUAUAUGGCUUAUACUGAUCGAGUGUAUUGAGCUGCUCAGUGGGCAGUUUAAGUUAAACGGUUUAUUAGUAUGAACAGAAAGCAAGAGGACUCAUAUUUUUCUCAUAUUUUAAGUGUCAUGUUUUUGUGUUGUAGUUGCUAAAUAUUAAAACAUCUUAUUGCCAUUGUUUAUCAUUCCAUGCAGACUGCAGAAUGAGCAUUUACAUGCAAG